CACCACCACAACCUCCUUAGUCAAGAUGUCCCUCCGAAACGCCAAAGCCCGCGCCGUUGUCGACAAGGUCAACGAGCUGGGAUGGAAUACGGUCAGCCAGCUCUGUUCGAACGGCGUUCCUCCCAGUGGAACCGCCGUGUCUGCGCUGUCUAUCACCACUGCGCUGGCCAUGCUGGCAGGCGGAGCUCAAGGCACCCAUCGUGAAGAACUCUGUUCAAGUCUAGGUCUUGGAAAUGCGAGCGAAAUAACCACUGUGCUAUCAAAGGUGUUCAAGACGCUGAAAUCUGAAGCGAUAAGGUUCAACUCGGCCAAUGCGUUGUUUACGACGAAAUCCACUGAAGUGUUUCCUGACUAUGUUCGGUACCUAGAGCAGCUGAACGCGUAUAUCAAUUCCGAUUUCACCAAUCUUGCUGAUGGCGUCGACCAGAUAAAUGGUUGGAUCGAACAAGAGACGGAUGGGCUCAUCAAGAACAUGCUCACGCGGGACAUGCUGGACCUCUCGCACAUGGUCCUGAUCAAUGCGCUGGUGUUCAAGGCCACCUGGGAAACGGCUUUCGACCCAACGAACACCAUCACAGACCAUGCUUUCAAUACGACGAAGCAAGUGGAGAUGAUGUUCCGUCAUCGAGACUCCAUCCUCGUCAGCGAAAAAGGCGACUACACCGCGGUACGCCUACCAUAUGUCGCCACCCUCCCUUCGGAAUGGUCCUUGGUCGCAUAUCUGCCGAAGAAAGACAAGUCCGUCCAAGACAUCCUACCUCAAAUCUGCCAAUACGACAAGGACAGUUUCUACAAGUUCAAAGUUGGAAAAUUCGGCCUCCCCAAGUUCAACCUCCAGACCAAGGACAGCAUCAAGCCUUUACUACAGGAGCUUGGGUAUCCUUUAUCUGGCAACUUCUCCGCCAUGGCGUCGGGAGACAAUCUUGUCGACCAGAUCGUGCAUAGUGUGACUAUUAUCCUCGACGAACAGGGAACCGAGGCUGCCGCUGCGACUGCAGUCAUGAUCAGCCGAGGCCGCGGGCCAUCGAGACCACCCCCUGAUAUCAUUUUCGACAGGCCGUUUGCAUUCUCGAUUGUCGCGGAGGAGCUGGGCAUGGCGUUGUUUACGGGUGUAUUCUCAGUACCUUGAUGUUUCUAUCUGUUGAGCGCUGAAUCCUUUCGUGCGGAGCCGGCUCAGUUAUCCUGCGACGGAUACACUACUAGUAGUGAAAACAUUUGUGUUAGGAAUCAAGUUCUAUUCGCUA